AUGGUUCGAGGUAACACCAAAGCGAUCGCAGUUGCUCUGCUGGCAGGCUCUGCGUUAGCCAUCAAAUUAGAUAUCAAGGACGAGGAAUCUAUCAAAGAUGCGGCCGCGACUGCUGCGUACAAUACUUGGUCCGGAUACACAGCCAACCAGACCGGCCAAAUCCCCGGCGCCAUCCCUACCGAUUGGGCAAUGGGAGGUGCCCUGUUCGACACCAUGAUCCGAUAUUGGUACUACAGUGGCGACGCCUCCAACAAUGCGGCAAUCAGCGAAGGAAUGUACUGGCAGCUAGGCGAGAACAAUAACUAUAUGCCUGCCAACUACAGCUCAUACCUAGGAAAUGAUGAUCAAUCAAUCUGGUCGCUUGCUGCCAUGACUGCCGCGGAGCUAGGUUACCCUGAAAGGUCAUCUAUGCCGUCGUGGGUUACGAUCGCAGAGAAUGUCUUCAAUGAUCAGAUUGCCCGCUGGGAUACAACAAAGUGUGGAGGCGGCUUGCGCUGGCAAAUUUGGGCCUACGAAUCGGGCUACGACAUAAAGUCUUCUUUGACAAAUGGCCUUUUGUUUGAGCUUUCUGCUCGUCUGGCCCGAUACACCAGCAAUCAAACUUACUCUGAUUGGGCGGACAAGAUCUGGACAUGGAGCACUAGUACUGUCAUCAACGAUGAGUGGUCAAUUUUCAAUGAUGUUGACAUGGAGGAUGAUUGCGAAUCUGCGAGCAACACCCAGUGGAGCUUCAACUACGGUCCAUACAUCGCCGGUACUGCAUACAUGUACAACCUGACUAACGGCAAAGCCGAAUGGAAGUCAAGCCUAGAUGGCCUUCUGAACCGCACCACCGCUACCUUCUUCCCUUCCAAAUACGGUGGCAAGAUCCUCUCUGAAGUCGCCUGUGAAUCCACCGAAAACUGCAACAAUAAUGACAUCUGGCUAAAGGGUGUCACUAUCCAAGAUCUCGCCAUGGCUGCCUUAGUCGCGCCAUACACCGCAUCCGACAUCAUGCCCCUGCUACAGGGCUCUGCAGUUGGGGCCGCGAAGUCAUGCACCGGCGAUAAAAACGACACUGAAUGUGGUGUAAGAUGGUACACGGACUAUGAUGGCUCCGACGGCAUGUCCAGCCAGCUCAGCGCUACCAGUCUCUUCACCGCCAAUCUUGUUUCAUUCAGCAAGAAAGCUCCUAGUAGCCAAUCGGGGUCUGAGAAUACCACUUCGGUCACGUCGACUGGAUCGGCCAAUGGCACUAGCUCCGGCAGCUCCGGCAGUGCUGGGGCUACGAAAUCUAGCACUAAUAUAGCUAGUGUGCUUGCCGUUGGUCCAGUCGCUCUUGUCGCGGCUGUCGUUGCGGGUGCCGUUUCCUUGCUCUAA